AUGUCCCGAUUCCUCCGACCCGCAGCCCGCCUGGCUGUCUCGACACGAGCUGCCGCCAUCACCAAAAAGGCCUCUCCGUCCUUCACACAGGCCAUUGCCCGCCCCGUCUACUUUGGCGGCUCGUCGCAGAACCGAUCCUAUGCCGAGGGCGCGGGCGUCAAGGAGUACACCGUGCGAGAUGCCCUGAACGAGGCGCUGGCCGAGGAGCUGGAGAGCAACCCCAAGGUCUUUAUCCUGGGCGAGGAGGUUGCGCAGUACAACGGCGCCUACAAGGUCACCAAGGGCCUGCUGGACCGGUUCGGCGAGAAGCGCGUCAUUGACACGCCCAUUACCGAGAUGGGCUUUACCGGCCUGGCUGUGGGCGCUGCGCUGAGCGGCCUGCACCCGGUGUGCGAGUUCAUGACCUUCAACUUCGCCAUGCAGGCCAUUGACCACGUCGUCAACUCGGCCGCCAAGACCCUCUACAUGUCCGGCGGCAUCCAGCCCUGCAACAUCACCUUCCGCGGCCCCAACGGCUUCGCCGCCGGUGUUGCUGCCCAGCACUCGCAGGACUACUCCGCCUGGUACGGCAGCAUCCCCGGCCUCAAGGUCGUCUCGCCCUGGAGCGCCGAGGACGCAAAGGGCCUGCUCAAGGCCGCCAUCCGCGACCCCAACCCCGUCGUCGUGCUCGAGAACGAGCUCAUGUACGGCCAGAGCUUCCCCAUGAGCGAGGCCGCCCAGAAGGACGACUUCGUCCUGCCCUUUGGCAAGGCCAAGAUUGAGCGCGCCGGCAAGGACAUCACCAUUGUGUCCAUGUCCCGCUGCGUCGGCCAGGCCCUCACUGCCGCCGAGACGCUCCAGAAGAGCUACGGCGUCGACGCCGAGGUCAUCAACCUGCGAUCCAUCAAGCCCCUGGAUCUCGACUCCAUUGUCCAGUCCAUCAAGAAGACCCACCGUCUGCUCGUCGUCGAGUCUGGCUACCCUGCCUUUGGCGUCAGCGCCGAGAUCCUGGCCCUGGCCAUGGAGUACGCCUUUGACUACCUUGACGGCCCUGCUCAGCGAGUUACCGGUGCCGAGGUGCCCACUCCCUACGCCCAGGGCCUUGAGGAGAUGUCCUUCCCUACCGAGCAGCUGAUUGCCGACUUUGCCGCCAAGAUGCUGCGAGUGUAA